AUGGGGAACCCCCCGGACGCUGUCUCACCUCUUCGUCUCCAUGCGGGUCUCGGGGUUGGCACGGCGCGCCAUGCCAAACGCCCCGUGGGCGUGGUCAAGAGGGGCGUGGUUAUUGUGAAGAGGGCGUGGCCGUCUAGGGGGCGUGGUCGUGGAGUGGGCGUGUCGGGGGCGUGCCCGGCGGGGGCGUGUCCGUAUAGAAGGCGCGGCGGCGCGCGGCGCGGCGGCGGCGGGGCCAUGAACGGGCUGCAGGGCUGGUGCGCGGUGCUGGAUGUGCGGCCCCACGGCGAGAGCCCGGAGAGCGUGAAGGUGCUGCGGCUGACUCUGCCGAAUGACCUCCCGGGCGACAGGCGCGAGCAGGCGAAGCAGAAGCCGGUGGGAAAAGCCUUCGCCAUGGUGGCCAACAGAUCCAGCAACGGUCACUCCCUGGCCUCCGAGUGCAUCAAGUCCAACGACGGCGAUGAGGAGAUCAUCAAGGUCUAUCUCAAGGCGCGGGCCGAGGGCAGCAUGAACCACGAGGAGCACGUCAACCAGCUGAAAAGUGAAGUUCGUUACAUUCAAGAGGCUAGAAGUUCUUUGAAGAAGCUGCGGGAAGACUUAAGUAGUAAACUUGAGAACAGACAAGGAGAUAAACAGCACGCACAGGUCAUGCUGGAAAAGCAGAACGGGAGCUGGCUGUACCCCGAGAGGCUGCGUGCCGACUCCUGGGAGGAGCAGGAGGAGGACUGCUCAGGUGAAGACGUGGAAAAGAUCCGACAGACGGCAAAGAGGCUGUUCGCAAAGCUGCAGGAGGCUGAAAAGCGCCAUCAGUUGGAAAAGAAAGCCUUUGAGAGGACGGUCUCGCAGUACCAGGAGGAAGCGGAGCAGACGAGCUCUGCCCUGCGGAGAGCGGAGAAGAGCGUGGUGGAGAAGGAGGUGCAGGUGGAUGAGCUGCAGAGGCUCCUGGCAGGGAUGGAGAAGGAGCACAGGAGUUUGCUGCUGAAGAUGAAAGAGGGCGAAGCAGAGCUGGCGAGGCUGAGAAGCGUGGAAGGUGACAAGCUCGCCGAACAAGACCGGUCAGCCCAGCUGGAGAAGGAGGUGGCCAUGCUGCGGGAGAAGAUACACCAUCUGGACGACAUGCUGAAAAGCCAGCAACGCAAAGUCCGCCAGAUGAUCGAGCAGCUCCAGAACUCCAAAACGGUGAUUCAGGCCAAAGAUGCCGUGAUCCAGGAGCUCAAGGAGAGAGUCGCUUACUUGGAGGCUGAGAACCUGGAGAUGCACGACCGCAUAGAGCACUUGAUCGAGAAGCAAGUCAGUCGGGGCGGCCACAGCUCCAGAGUGCGCUCGAAGUCGGAGUACGUGAGCAGCAAAAGGGUGACGGGCCCCAAGCCGCUGCCUCUCAUUCGAGUAGUGGAAACAUGA